AUGUUAGUUUCUGUAGCUGUUCUAGUGCUAUUUCGGAUGUACUCAUCCUACGCCGCAUAUUUUUCGCAAUUUUCACUGCGUGAACCGGAUCAUGAUCCAUGUUAUGACAGCGUUGGGCGUCCGGUGCGCUGUAUUCCGGAUUUCAUCAAUGCUGCAUUCGGCAAACCAAUCACUGCCUCUAACACAUGUGGUCAAUCCGGUCCAACCAGCCAUCCCAUUGGCCAAAACGCAUUUAUGACAUGA